AUGUUGACUCCAUAUUUCACUUGCACUCAAGAUGAAGAGUUUGUUUUUAUCAACAUCAAGGUCUCACAUAUAAGAUUUGAUGCCCCAGGUGUUCAAAUCAUUGCCGAGAAUGAACUGUUUAUUUUUUCAUUAAGUCCUUAUUAUCUUAGAUUAAGAUUUGACAAACCUUUGAUAGAUGAUGAAGAGAGAUCUAAUGCUCAUUAUGAAUCAAAAGAAGAAGUUAUCAAAGUCAAGAUGCCGAAGUUGAAUAAAGGUGAAGUUUUCCAAGAUUUAGAUUUACCACAAAAAUUAUUAGCAAGAGCUGUUGAUGCGGACUUGAAAAAAGAUGAAACUAAAGAAGUUAAAAGACCAUUGAUUGAAGAAAUUGGUGGAAAAUCAGAUUUGGAGAAAACAGCUGAGGAAGGUAAUGCAUUUAAUUGGGAAAUUAAUCAAACAUUAGAACAACCAAGCACGGACUUGAAAAUAAAAUACGGGUUUGACAAUAGAUAUGAUUCCAUCGUUGGUGUUUCACUUUCAAAUGGGAAUGAUAUUAAUGAAUUAGAUGAUCCUGAACAUACAAAAGCUGAUGAUCGUAUCAAGGAACGUUUGUUGAAAGAAAAUUUCAAAUUUGAUCCAGAAUACUAUGCAGCUGACUACAUGACUUCAAAAUAUUCAGAAGAUGACCCUGAUAUGUAUUCAGAGAUUAAGGAUUUACUUUGUUGGGAAAAUCCAAUCAUGGAAAACCCUGAUUUCACAACAGAGGAAAAUGAAAGAAUGUUACAGUUACCUAAAAAGACAUAUUUAAUUACAAACCAAAAAUCGUUAUACUAUUCAAUCUUGUCACUUUUAUUCAGUUAUUCAUAUGAUGUUCGUGAAAACCAAGGUGAUUUAAAUAUCGAAUCUGCAUGGGCCAUGGGUAAAUUAACUCCACAAAUCUCAUCACUUGAUACACAAAUUGUGUUUAAUGAUUCCAAAACACCGUUAAUCAAGGCAUUGAUCAUAACCGGUAUACGAAGAGCAUUAUCAUAUCCAUUACAUAGACAUUAUGGAUUAGCUAUGAAGGCAUGGGAAGAUGUUGUUAAAAUGUUACAGUUGGGUAAGAAACUAGUCAUAAAGGCAUUAUUAACAUUGAGGGAACCUUUUAGAUUUCAUGAUGUUUAUUAUGUUUAUGAUAAAAUAUUAUUAGAAGAUUUGGUUAAUUGGUUAAUUAAUGAUCCAAAGGACAAUGAUUAUGUUUUCAAAUCAUUAUCAAAAGAAUUGGAAACACAUCUAAAAAAUUUACAAAAAAAUGAGAUUGUAUUUGAACAAUUAGAUGAUGAAGGAGAUGUUGAUACUUUUCUUGAUAUUCAAGAAAUCGAAACAUUAGCAGAAGCAAUGUAUUUGGAAAACAAACAAACAUAA